UACAGCUGCUUUUCCAAUCCUAAACCUUGUCUCUCGACUGUAAACAUUGCAAGACUGACUACGCCGUGAUGCGUACACAUGAAACGUACGAGAGUAUAUAGUUCUACUGGAAAUACUUGAGCAAUGUAGUGCAACUUGUCAUUGUCCUAGAUUAGGUGGACUGUUGAGAUUAUUUUAACAGAACAUUCAUUUGAGAGAAACAACCAACGGACACAACCGCAAGACACAUGAAUUGGACAUGCUAUCGUUAGCAACGGGAGCUAGCAAGGAAGGGUUGCCUUUUAAAGGUACCAUUGACACUAGCUAACGUCAUAUAUUCUCUUGGCUGCUUGGUAUGACACAAGCUACGCUAGCCAGUGGCAUCAGAGCUGGCUAGCUAGCUAGCUGCCCACCGCCUGUCAUAUUUGGAUGACAGCUGAUUUUGGAGAAGCGGUCUUGGGUUGUGCCCCAAACAACUUGCAUUUUGGCAACUAACCUAUAGAGUACUGGCAUAGUUCUAUGUGAAUUAAAGUUACCAGUGAGGCAAGUUACUGUCUAGUCAGCUGGAGAGUGAAGUUUUCGGAUUCAUUGCCACCAAAACAAAUGUGUCUCGUGCACUGAUCGUAUUGCCUCGUGGAAUUUUGAUAAACGGGAGCCACUGGAAUUUGCUCUUCAGACUCCGUGGUUUUGUGAAAUGUUGGCCUGUCGGUGCACCUUAUUUCAAUAACAUUACUGUAAAGGUGUUGUGGAUACGUGGUCAAAAUGGACAGAAUUGAACAACGGAAUGGACUGCAGACAAGUGAUGCGAAAAGUUUCGGAGGCACAACCGAGAGCCUGGCCAAGCGCGAGAGCACCUCUUUUGGGUCCAACACCGACGUCAACGGCGGGGAUAACAACGAGGUGCAGACGGACAAAUACGGAUUUAUUGAGGGUGCCCAACAGUACACCUCCAACGCUGCGGAAGACGUUCCUCCUGAGAUCCUCAGACAGAGAGAAGCUAAAUGGCUGGAGAUGCUCAACAACUGGGACAAGUGGAUGGCCAAGAGACACAAGAAGGUGAAGGAGCGCUGUCAGAAGGGCAUUCCUCCUUCCCUGCGUGGCCGUGCGUGGCUCUAUCUGUCCGGAGGGAAGGUGAAGAGAGAACAGAACCCUGGGAAGUUCCAGGAGCUAGAUAGUCAGCCUGGUGACCCGCGAUGGCUGGACGUCAUUGAGAAGGACCUGCAUCGCCAGUUCCCCUUCCACGAGAUGUUUGUAGCACGCGGAGGACAUGGGCAGCAGGAUCUCUUCCGUGUGCUAAAGGCCUACACGCUGCAUCGACCAGAGGAGGGCUACUGCCAGGCCCAGGCUCCCAUUGCUGCCGUGCUGCUCAUGCACAUGCCUGCUGAGGAUGCGUUCUGGGGGCUGGUGCAGAUCUGUGAGAAGUAUCUCCCUGGAUACUACAGUGCUGGCCUGGAAGCGAUCCAGCUGGAUGGGGAGAUCCAGUUUGCUCUGCUGAAGCGCGUGUCCCCCGUGGCCCAUCGGCACCUGAAGAGGUUCAAGAUCGAGCCCAUCCUCUACAUGACCGAGUGGUUCAUGUGUGCCUUCUCACGCACGCUGCCAUGGUCCUCAGUUCUGCGCGUAUGGGACAUGUUCUUCUGCGAGGGAGUAAAGAUCAUCUUCCGCGUGGGGCUGGUGUUGCUGCGCUGCAUGCUGGGUUCCCAGGAGAAGCUGAAGGCAUACCAGGGCAUGUACGAGACCAUGGAGCUGCUCAAGCACAUCGAGCCACGAUACAUGCAUGAGACAUUCCUCGUCAACGAGAUUAUUGAGCUGCAGGUGUCGGAGCGGGACAUCGAGAAGGAGCACCUGUCCCAGCUGCGGCGCUGGAAGGAGUCGCGCGGCGAGCUGCACUGUAAGUCCCCUCCCAGGAUGCACGGCGCCAAGGCCAUCAUGUCCGCCGAGCCGCCCAGCCGACAGGACCUGCGGCAGAACCCCACCAUCAUCGUCCAGGAGACGCCACCGGCAGCCACGGCAACCACCACCACCACCACGACAGCCAACAAUGGAGGACAAGAAAUGACGUCCCCUCCUCCGACAGACGACAAGAAGGGGAAGAAGGGCAAGAAGAAGAAGGGGAAGGAGACGAGUGUGGAGGAAGAGAGGAGGGAGGGAAAGAGGGAUCAGGAAGAGGGGGAGAGAAGGCGAAUGGUUGAUGCGAUGCCACCAGUUGAGGAGGUGGAUGGGACUAAGGCAUCAUACGCGGGUCUGGCUGAACCAGAGGAGUCUCCCAGCAGUAAGCACGGGUCACUACAGAGCCUCAGCAGCACAGAGCACGACACGUACCUGUGAGGCAGCAGCAGGAGAGAGACAGGGGUGCAGUGGACACUGGUAACAGGUGCACAGAGCACCACACAUACCUGUAAGACAGGUGUAGAGAACAACUCAUACCUGUGAGACGAGGGGUGGGAUGCAGUGGACGUUUGUGACAUCAGCACAGAGCAUGACGCAUACCUGCGAGACAGCAGGAGGAAAGAGGCAGAGGUGCAGUUGGACAUUGGUAGCCGCAGGAGCCACUGAUUGUAUAGAGUGUUUCCUUGACCUCACCAUGCAAGGUCCUUACAAGUCUCUCCAGUAAUCGUUUCUCAAUUCGGCACCCUCUGUACCAAUGAAAUUAGUACGAGGGUAUGGUAACAGCGGCAGGACAUUGGUAGAGGCGUGAGCACAUUGGUAACAGGUGCAGGCCAUUGGUAACACAACAGAGGAGGUGGUUUUCGGGUUGCUGUAUGAGAAGCAAGUUGACGAUGCUGGGUUGACAAAAAAAACCUGUCACAAAUUUCAAUCAACCAUUGCUAAAUCAGCUGAUCACUCACUUGAGCACUCGAGACCAGGUCCUCUGUGACAUCACCUGUGUGAGGAAGAAAACGUGGCUGAGUUUAAACGUUCUCAACCUGCGAGGAAUCCCUCUGUGUGUGAGGACAUUCUGUCUCUGGACUCUGCAUCCCUCUGUGUGUGAGGACAUUCUGUCUCUGGACAGUGUCUGGACAGGGUUAGUAGUGUGCCCAUCCUCGUAUCCGGUAUCCCAUCCAAUCUAUGGAUCACUGUGUGAGUGAGGACACCUAACCCCAGAUCCUGGAUCGUGUCACACUGCGUCAGCUGUCAUAUCAGGUGUCACUCAAGUCUCCGUUAAUGCUGAUCUGUGCAGCCAGCGACACAACACCACCCAAACCAGUCUCUUCUCUUAUAACCACUCAGGAUCUCCUUCAAACUGGAAGGGAGAAGGACACCUUGAUACUCAAGGAAGGGAGCAUUUAUGAACAACCAAAGUUAAAAUAUUGAACAGGAAACAUCAAAAGAGAUGUUGACUGAUGUUGGGUGACGUACAGAGUGCUGAUGUUGGAAUCAGGCCUUUUGGCCUCUUGCCUUCUUCACAGACGUGGGAGUCUCAUCUGGAUGUCAGAAGGAAGGGGAUAGGUGUGGUGGAGAGAAUCUUUGGGAUUUAGAAGAUGGAGCUUACUUUGGUAGGGAGACUUUUACAUACACACACACACACUCAUGUGCACACACACACACACGCAUGAGCACAUGCAGGUAAAACGUGAAAGUGUCUGGGAAAUUCUGGAAGCAAAAUAUUUUUUUAUUUUCAGUAGCUGGUGAAAGUUCACAUUUUGAAAAAUUAAUUUCCACCCCUGAGUCGCUUAUACUGCCCCCCUCACCCAGUCUCACCCUCUGGGCUAGAUACUACAGUCUGCUCAGCUUUACUGUGUGAUCCCUGGACUUCCAAGGUUAAUUCCUCCUCUCCUGGUCGUCACGGAAACAAGGGCCAGCCAGAACCUACUCUGCCCCAUAAACGAUCCUGUUGUCCAGCCUAAAUAGUUUUAGGUGGAUUAUUGACACGUGGCAGUUUUAUUACUUAAUAUUACCAAAUUCUUUGCAAACCAAGCAUUUUAUUUAGCCAUAAUUUUUGACGUUUUUAAAAUCAUAAUAUAUUUCAUUUUCAACGGAAUGCAGUUACUACCUUUUUGCUUGGUAGGGCAGCGCUGUAGGCCUAUUACAGAGAGCCAGAAGGCAGCAGCGCAAUUGCUGACUGAAGGUUCUAGAACAUAGCAGGUGCUCAAGAAUCUUUGCUGAGUACUCUAGAAUAUUUCGUACUGACCCAGCUCCAUUUAUUUAUACACCAAACACAGACCCAGACUCGGCUCUACUUUUUCCAUUCUCAGUCAACUUGUCUGGCCUCUAGAGAAAUACACUUUUAGAUCCUACACUUUUGUUCUUUUUUCUUUCUUUUUUAUCAUUAUUAUUAAUAUUAAUAUUAUUUGAUUCCCCCCACCAUUGUAGAGCAGAGGGAAAAGGUGAAUUUUCACUCAAAAAUAUCCGAAAGGGGAUACUUGAUACCAUGUGUUUUUGUUUUGCUUUUGUUUGUUUUUUAACUGAUGUUUCUGAGAUGAUACUACACAGUGUAAUGUUGAAUACUUGUUCUUUUACAUAUAACUUGAUUCAUAUAUCUAGACUUGAACCUACCGUAAGUUAUAUCAUCUUAAACUUACAUCUCCUCUUUCCUCAGGCUUUGAGCCACCACUAGGUGUCUCUUAUGAGGUCCAGUCUUAAAGCACUCAGUCUAGUCUUAUCUAAGGAUGCUGGAUGCUGCAGGGUUUUUAUUUUAUUUUGUUUUAUUUUUUUUCUGAAGUAAAACUAGUCACUCAACACUCAAAAUCAUCUAAUGUUUCCCUAGAGUACCCCAGUGGGAAUGUCCUUUCCUCCAUUCUUCAUUUUCUCUCCUCUGUUGGAACAUCACAGAUUUUUUGCUGGCAUGAGAGUCAGUAAACUGAGUCCAGCUCAGCUAUAGGGUUUACCAAAUUAAUAUUCUUAAUAGGGUUGAAUGUUCUUCAUAGGUCACCCGAUAGCCUGCUCUCUCACUGCAUCACUGCAGAUGCCUGCUGCCCAGACUGUUAAAUAGGCCACCGCAUGCCACUAAGGGUGUAGUACUACUUUCUGGCCACAGAGUGGCACUAGUGACCAUGCUUAGGGAAAGGAGCGUACAGUAGAAUAAGGCCAGGGAAAGACUACUGGGUGUUUUUAUUCUUUGCUGCAGGGGUUUUGUACAUCUUGAAAUCCAUCUCUAAAAAUAAGUGAUGGCGUCUUGAAACACCAGACCAAAGAUAUCUGUGUAUGUGAUGUCUAGAUGAGCCUGAAUGACUGGCCACCAGUCACAUAAUGCAACCUUAAAUGACUGUUAGACACCAUCUCUACAAUGCUGGCAUGCACUCAGACAUCAGACAAUCCCAGCCCUGCUUAUAUUUGCUGGUGUGCUGCAUCGACCAUCAUUGCCAUUCACAGGGCCACUGACAGCUUUACCUGGGCGCGUGACAAAAUCAUCUAAAAGGGCCCCUCUCUCAAUACAAUGUAAUGGGGUCCCAAUCCUGGGAACCUCUUGUUCUCCCUGGGAUCAGGACACAUUACCCGCUUGCCCCCAGCAACCCCUCAGCUGGCGGGCCUGAUUAUUCAAAUAACAUAACCAGAGUUGUAUACAUGGGUUCACCGUGUUUAUCAACACGGUAUUGUGAGGAGGGGCAGGGCAAGACACUGGCAGCCAACCAUGUGAGCAGACAGCGGUGUCCAACAAUCAGAGGUUGAGUUGUGCGCAGUUAGUUUUGCACAGUCAGGGGAAAACAAAAAUGUAGAACCCAUGUUUAAAGUAGAAGUAGAAGUUCUUCAUAUGUAAUAACACCAGUAGUAUGGUAUUGCACAGUUGAAGCUAUGUAACAUCAUAGCCUACUACUUGUGUUGUCAUUACAUUUGUAACAGCACUUCUACUUCUACUUUAUACAACUCUGACAAUGACAGCCUCUGACUUCAGAGCUGUGCAACAGGGACUUCAUCUCACUAUAGUCUGUAAGCCCCCAGACUAAGCUGUGAAACAGGAGCAAGGUUGACACGGGUGAGCGGCCGCCACAAUAACAUUCACUGAACUUUCACAGUCUGAGCCACUCUCUCUCACACACACACACACACACACACACACACACACACACACGCACUCUGCUGCCUGUUGGAUUUCAAUGUAAACUCCACUGGGACAUCUGGACUUUGACACCUUCACAUGACUUCACAUCAAUCCAUCAACAGAUUCGUCUGCACUAUCAAGUCUGCACUAUGGAGCCUUAGUGGGCUACAAGAAGAAGGAAUCCAGAACCAGACAUGUAACCCAAGACUGUAUGAAGUGUGUUGGAAGUCAGACAUACUGUUGUAAGCUGCACAAUCAGACCACUAGUGUGACCCCAACACACUCUGAAUGUGUUGAAUGUUGCCUCUUACAUUCACACCCAUUGCAGUGACGUGCUUUUAAAAACUAAAAAUGUACUCUUGAAGGACAGAAAGAGGGUCAGCACUACUCUGCCAAGACUUUGGUAUUGUUACUGAUGAGCUUUUUCUUUGGGCUUUUUUCUUAGUUUUUUUGUUUGUUUGUUCAAUGUACAGAUGUGUGAUAAUUGUGAUGAAAUGCUGUACAGUAUGCACAGCGCCUUGGGAACAGCAUAGUCAAAAUGUUCUAUUUUUUCCCCCAAAUGGGUAUAAAGUUGUACAUAGAUUAGCCAAUUCUAUAUCGUUUUGAAAACGGGGAAAGAGAAAAGCACUUUGUCACCCCAGCCAAAUGCUUGUUGAAGGAGAAUAAUGUUUGUUAAGGUUAAAUUGAAGGACUGUUUGGAUGGAAUUUUGCAUAUUGCAUGGAAUAAUCUGAAACAUCUGAAAUAUUUAAUUGGUUAGGUGUUAUAUCUUUUCCAUAUCGGUUUCUUACUCAAAGACUGUCGUUCUAGAGAACUUGCUAUGUCAUAUUUCCUAAAUUAGUCACACAGAAUAAUUUCGGGGGAAAAACAACUUCCUAACUUCUUCUUCUCAAUGGAAUGCUCAAACUCUGACUCAUCAAACGGAUUAGUUACACAAAGCAAAGUGAGUAAAACAAAACAAUAUUUGAUCUGUAGUUCAAUAUGUUUUGUUGUAAUGGCAUGCAAUAGGUGAUAAUGCUAAAGGCAUGCAUGCAUAUCUUGACCUUCACUUGGGACCAAUUGCUGUAUUGUUGUCCUCAAUCAGUUCAAAAUAGGAAUCUUAUUGCUGAUAUGCGAUGUGUGAUGAAGUAUUUUAUUUACAGUAAGUAAUGUUAUUCUGAGAAGGGAUUAUUUAGUCUUUGGUCUGUUUAUCAAUUUGUAUGGGGAGAUUUCAUUCCAAAUAAAGUGCCAAGGAGCGCUUUUAAAGACUUGAAGGAAAUAUUUCUUGUGAUUUUUUUAAAAAAAAGAACACAUUCUGUAUACUAGGGUAUGGACCAAGCGUGAGGUGAAAUAAAUGGACCAAUCUAUGCACAACAUUUCUCAACUCCUGGACCUGUGGAUGUUGGUACAUACCAUGUAAGCUAAUUUUAUUUUCAUUCUCCAGAGGAAAAGAGUGCUGUUCUUUUUUCAGUUUUAUUGCAAAUGCUGAAUUCCUGUAUCCAUUUCCCCACACAAUUAAAUGUAAUACUAUAUCAGAA